CGCCUCCCUCCUUGAUCCCAUGGUGACCUAUGACCCUCUGGGAGGUCACACCAUCUGGCAGGUCAUCCUGAUCGUGUUCCUCACCGGGUCUCUGUCUCUGGUCACCGUCGUGGGAAACAUCCUGGUGCUCAUCUCCUUCAAGGUGAACAAGCAGCUGAAGACGGUCAAUAACUACUAUCUCCUCAGUCUGGCCUUCGCUGACCUCAUCAUCGGAACUCUUUCCAUGAACCUCUACACUACCUACAUCAUCAUGGACCAAUGGGCUUUAGGGAACUGGGCGUGCGACCUGUGGUUGGCUAUCGACUACGUGGCGAGCAAUGCCUCCGUCAUGAACCUGCUAGUCAUCAGCUUCGACCGCUACUUCUCCAUAACUCGACCUCUGACUUACCGGGCCAAGAGGACCACCAAGAGAGCUUUGACUAUGAUCAGCAUGGCCUGGUCCGUGUCCUUCGUCCUGUGGGCCCCGGCUAUACUCUUCUGGCAGUAUAUUGUAGGGGAGCGCACCGUACCGCCUGGAGAAUGCUUUAUCCAGUUUCUCUCAGAGCCUAUUAUCACAUUCUGCACGGCCAUCGCUGCUUUCUACCUGCCGGUCACCAUCAUGACGGUUCUCUACUGGAGGAUCUACAGAGAGACAGAGAACAGGCAAAAGGACCUGGCGGGGUUGAGGGGGUCGGGGGAGGAGGCCCAGGAAGAGGAGGCUCCCAUGGUGCCCAAGACAGGAAGCUCCAGGAGCUGCAGCAGUUACGAGCUUAACCAGGCUGGUCAGAAAGGCUCUGGAGCCAAGAAGACCAGAAGACGCUUCCGGUUCUGGCCGCUGACUAGGUGGUCCAAGAAGAAGACAGUGGGAGGAGAGCCGGAACACAGCAGCUCCGAUAGCUGGAACAACAACGAUGGAGGCGGGGCCUCCAUGGACCAAUCAGACUCUGAGGACGAGGAGGGGGCGACGGAGUCAAGCCGAGCUAUCUAUUCCAUCGUGGUCAACCUGCCGGGGAUAAACUCCGCCCCUGGCAACAUUCCUAACAAUGACCCCCAGCUGACAUCUCCUGAGGACCAGGAUGCUACGAAGGACCCUCUCCGGCCACCAGGGGGCGAUAAUAAGGACAAAAAGACAUCCUCUAAUACCAGAAGGGAGAAAGACAAGGAAGACAACAGCUACCACCAACGCUCCUUCUCUAAAACCCCCGUCACUUCCUCGUCUUCCAUCCAGACCUCCACCAGGAGCCACCAAACAGGGGAUGAGUCCUCCACCUCUAAGUCCCCCUCCGCAGCCCCCUCGGCCCCCAUAUCCCUGAAGGAUGCAGCCAUGGCCAAGCGCUUCGCCUCCAAAGCCAAGACCCAGAUCACCAAACGUAAGAAGGAGAGUGUAGUCAAGGAGAAGAAAGAGAAGAAGGCCGCCCAGACUCUCAGUGCCAUCUUGUUGGCUUUCAUCAUAACCUGGACUCCCUAUAACAUUAUGGUGUUGGUCAACACCUUCUGUACUGACUGCAUCCCUGAGGCUCUGUGGGCUCUGGGCUACUGGUUGUGCUACGUCAACAGCACCAUCAACCCCAUGUGUUACGCCAUGUGCAACCUCACCUUCAGGAAUACCUUCAAGAUGAUUCUGCUCUGCCGCUGGCAGGACAUCAACAAACGCAACAAGUCUCAGUUCCAGCAGAGGCAGACAGUCGCCUUCCGCAAGAAGGAACCCUAGCAGGUUUAAUCUACUGGGGCCCUGGGUCAGCUGUAGGACUCUGUCGGUACUGCCUCUCUGGGAUUGUUUAACAGGAUAGUUGGCCAAGGGAGAUGGACUGUACUUUACAAGCCUUUCUCAACGAUGAAGAGAUGACAUAAUAAUACAAAGAAAAAUAGUAACACAACAAAUAAAAUACACAAUUAUUUUCAAUUAUCUCUGCAUCUCUUCCAACUAUUUACAUUUUCUUCACAACUGACACACCAGUUUGGUGCCAAA